AUGGACUCUAAUAGUGCCAUUAGCGCUAUUGUUGUACAAGCAGAUGGACAUUAUCAAGCUGCGAUUAAAAAAUAUAAGAAAAUUGGUGACUAUCUUCAAACAGCAACAUAUGAAAAUGAAAAUGAUAAAAAGAAAGCUGAAGAAGUAAAAUUAAGUGCACAAUCAAAUACUGCCUUAUGUUAUUUAAAAUUAAAUGAACAUUCUGAAUGUAUUCAAGUAUGUGACAAAGUAUUAGAAUUAGAUUCAAAAAAUGAAAAAUGUUUAUUUCGUCGUGGUCAAUGUCAAUUAUCAAUGUCAAAUUUUGAUGAAGCUAUGAAAGAUUUUCAAGAAGUUUUAAAAUUAAAUUCAUCAAAUAGUGCAGCUAAACAAUUUAUACAAAAAUGUCGAGAAGAAAUGAAAGCUUAUCAUGAAAAAGAAAAACAAUUAUAUGCUAGUAUAUUUGCUAAAAUGGCUAAACAGAAUGAAAAAAAUGAAACCCAAGCUACAAAUAGUGAUGCCAAAACGAAUGAAGAAAAUAAAAACGAACAAACAACAACAACAACAACAACUACAACAACAAAUUAA